AUGAGCUCGAAGACAACAGUCGGAGGUGAUGAGGGUGUGGAAGUGACGAAGGGUGCGAUCACGGAGCACGCGCUCUAUUUUGGAAGCCAAGGCUUGCAGCUGUGGCACUUUGUGGCAGCGCUCGCAGAUUUGCCUCAAGGUAGUUCUAUUGCCUCAUCAUCUCAAGGCCAUCUUGCCCUCUUACGACCGGCACACGAACACGACAAGCCAAGCGUACGAUAUCGAGACAUGCUCAACGCUAAAGCUCUGACGGAGCUGCUGUCGCACAAUCGCGAUGAACGACUCUGCAGACGCUGGUAUCUCAUGACAGCCAACGGCACUUUGCUUUCCUAUUCUGUGCCGACGGACAUCAACGAUCUGCGCAAGCAUGCUGCCAUGGCUGCCAUCAGCUGGCAGGAAUAUCAGCAUCGCCAGGAUGGAGACGGCUUGCAUGCAGAAAUCCGAGAAGAUAUGGAGCAAAGCCCCUUGCAUGCUCUGACCAUCGAGUCAGACACGUCCAACAUCAUCAUGCGCCGAGUUCAGGGACAGCUUUUGCUUGUGCUGGAAGGCGGUGUACCCCCUCGACGCGCGGAUUUCGUCAAGAGAACCACGGCGGAGGCUGCAGAUGGCACGCGAUUGAGAGGCUCGUGGGAUGAUGGCAGCACGAGCACCAAUAAUGACGGGGACAACACGAAUGGCGGGAACAAGGUGGCGGCCAGCGUGGUGAAGGUUCAGCGUCAGAAACUGGACCACCUGGCCGAGGCAAUCCUUGCGGAGUUCGAGCAAACAGGCUUUCAGAUGCCAGAAGACGCAGGCUCAACGGUCUUCUGA